CGGCUGUUUUUCUUAUCAUACUCGUUGCUCUUUGUUCCCACCACACUAUAAGUACUCCUGAUUUUACAACCUCAGCAACUCAACACUUUUGUUACUAAAACGGCAAGCUCAAAGCCUCGAACAUGUCCGAAGAAACUCCUCGUAUUCCUCUUCUCACCCCCUACCAGAUGGGCCCGUUUAAUCUUUCUCACAGGGUUGUUUUGGCACCAUUGACAAGACAGAGAUCUUAUGGCAAUGUUCCUCAGCCUCAUGCUAUCUUAUAUUACUCUCAGAGAACCACCAAAGGUGGUUUUCUCAUAACUGAAGCCACUGGUGUUUCUGACACUGCUCAAGGGUAUCCACAUACUCCUGGUAUAUGGACAAAGGAGCAAGUUGAAGCAUGGAAACCUAUUGUGGAUGCUGUUCAUGCCAAAGGUGGGAUCUUCUUUUGUCAGCUUUGGCAUGUGGGAAGAGUUUCAAAUAAAGAUUUCCAGCCAAAUGGUGAAGCUCCAAUCUCCAGUACUAACAAGCCAUUGACACCUCAAAUUAGAUCUAAUGGCAUUGAUGUCGCACAGUUCACACCUCCAAGGCAACUAAGCACAGAUGAAAUCCCUCAGAUUGUGAAUGAUUUCCGGAUUGCUGCUAGGAAUGCUAUUGAGGCUGGUUUUGAUGGAGUUGAGAUUCAUGGUGCACACGGUUACUUAAUUGAACAGUUUAUGAAGGAUCAAGUGAAUGAUCGGACAGACCAGUACGGUAGAUCGCUUGAGAACCGUUGCCGAUUUGCACUAGAAAUUGUUGAAGCUGUUGUAAAUGAGAUAGGAGCAGAGAGAGUUGGGAUAAGACUAUCUCCCUUUGCAGACUUUAUGGAAGCAGGGGACUCAAAUCCAAAAGCAUUAGGUCUCUACAUGGCAGAGUCCUUGAACAAGUAUGACAUUCUUUAUUGUCACAUGGUUGAACCCAGAAUGAGAGCAGUUUUAGAAAAAUGUGAAUGUCCUCACAGUUUACUGCACAUGAGAAAGGCUUUCAAUGGUACUUUUCUCGUUGCUGGUGGUUUUGACAGGGAAGAUGGAAUCAAGGCUAUAGUCGAGGGUUGCGCAGAUCUUGUUGUUUAUGGUCGUUGGUUCUUAGCUAAUCCUGAUUUGCCAAAGAGAUUUGAGCUCAAUGCCCCUCUCAAUAAAUACCAUAGAGAUACUUUCUACACAGAGGAUCCUGUUAUUGGUUACACAGAUUAUCCAUUCCUUGAAAGGACAUAUUAGGACUUUUCUUAAGAUUAUUUGGCCUUGCAUUUUUAACUCAGUGUGAUUUCGAUUAUGGUCCUACUUUAUUUUCUUAUAUCUUUUAAGUGUUAUUUUUGUGCUUGUAUGAAUUUAGAAAAUAACUCAGUUGAUAAUAAAAUAAUAAGGGCAAUGACUGCUUCUUAUCGUUA